UUGCUAAUUUUUUUCAUUAUAUUUUGUUCGUUUGUUAAGGUCGGUUCGAGAAAAAGUAAAAUAAGAUCCAACAGAUUUAUUUUUAAUUUAAUUUUAUUAAAAGAAUUACAACUAUAAGAUAUUGUAAAAAUAAAUAUAAACUUAAAAGAUGUGAAAUAAUUGUUAAUAAAAACAAACUGAGUUUGUCUUAAAUAAUAUAUAUAAACAAAGCGGUAAAAAAGAAAAAACCUUUGACACACCGCUUGUCAAAUUGUAAAAAAAUUAUCUGAAUAUAAUAGAAAAGUUCAGUAAAUAGUUGUUAAAGUUUUAAAAAAUUGUUAAUGUUGAAAUUGAAAACAAUCAUUUGGCUUUUACUUAAUUGAAAUAUAACAAAUUUUCCGUGAAAAUCGUAUAAGAAAGCACAUGAUUAAAGCAAAUUGUUUAAAACCAAAUUGUCAAAACAAUUAAUUAAGAGUUUGCAGGGCUCUAAAGAGAAACGUAAAAAAUUAAGAGUGUUAAAAAUAUUAACAACGGUGAAAAAUCUUGAUAAUUUUUCCAUAUUGUUAAAGAAAAACGUGUUAUUAUUAAACGUAUAAAAUUAUAAAUUUACCAAAGAUUAAUACAAAUUUGUUUAGUAAAUAACAUAAAAUAUUAUGGAUAGAAAGUUGAGAAAAACCUCCAACCUAAAAGGAUAUAGUUUAUUAAACAAAACUCCCGCAGCUGCUGCUACAGCAAAUAUUACCACUGCUAUGAAAAGUGAUAAUUUCAUGCAAAAUUCAUAUGUGAUUCCAACAAAUACAAAUGCUACCUCAAUGUCCCCAGUUACAUUACCGCCAACACCCGCUAAUCUAGCCAAAGAUGCUGCCGGCUUAAAUCAGUAUCAAACACCUCAACCAUAUCGUAGCACAAGACAACGUACCAAUAAUAACAACAAUAAUAAUACAACGACGACAACUGUGCAACAGAAUGCCAAUUAUAGUGCAACUACAACACAACAACAAUUACAGUCAUCGACUGUGCAAAAUAAUCACAUUAUCAAUAACAACAACAACAAUAUUGCUAUGAAUAAUCAAACAUUGAUGAGUGCUAAAGCAGCUGCCUGCAUUGCUUCACCUAUGGAACAGCUGGCAGCAGUUCAUGCAAAGGCUACUUCAAGUCGUAAUAAGAAUGAAGAGGCCAUAAACGACUUAAAAACACGCAUUCCUGAAAUCGAAAAUAUCUUCGAUAUACACAGUCGUAUUGGUAAUGGUACCUUUAGUACGGUACUAUUAGGUACUUUGAAAAAACAACGUGAUGUACCUGAACACUUAAAGCGUAAAUUUGCUAUUAAACAUCAUAUACCAACUAGUCAUCCCGAUAGAAUAAUGAAAGAAUUACAGUGUAUGGCUAAAAUUGG